AUGUCUAUUAUUGAUACUAUUGACGCAUUUGAUAAACUUGAAUUUCAUGAUCAACGUUCAUUUGCAAUUGCAUCAGCUUUAAUUGCUAAAUCUAUUCAACAAUAUAAAGAUAAUCCAUCAGGAAAAUUUGAUAGUCUUAAAUUAUUAUUUGAAAUUGAUUCACCUGAAAUUAUACUUGAACAAAAAGCAAUUGAACGUGAAUGGCUUGAUAAUGAUAAGAAAAUCAUUCCAUUUACUACAAUAUUGGACUCGUGUCUUAGUCAAUCAUUAUCGAAUCGUUCAAAUAUCUCUCAACAACCUCUUUAUAUUCCAUUUCGUCCUGAUAAACCAAUAGAUUAUGAACCUAUCCAAUGGCAAACAGAUGAUUCUUCAAUUCCAACACGUUUUAUUGUUCGACCACCUUCUUCAAGUCGAAUUUUACAACCUCGUAAUGAACCAACCAAUGAUAAUAAUACAAAUACUGUUGUACUCGAUGAUAAUGAUGAUCAACAUUAUGUUGAUGCUGUUGGUGAUGAAGAAAAUGAACUACCAAAGAUAACAAUUAAGAAAAAAGGAAAAAAGAAAAAACAACAACAACAAAAAGUAAAUAUCAUUACAACUAAUAAUGAUAUUUCAGUACAAUUAAAUACUUCAUCAAAUAGAACUUCUUCAGCAGGACAUAAAUUUCCACAAAAAUUAUCAUCAAAAUGGUCAUCAGGUAAACGAAUAUCGUGUGUUGGUAAAACAAGUGCUAUUCGUAAAUUUGCACGUUCAUCACAUGAUCGUCAAAAUCGUGCUGAUUCACGUACAUUAUUUCAUAAUAAACCAUCAGUAACAAUCAAUGCAGCUCGUUUUAGUCAAGAACAAUAUGAACAAUUAGCACGUGCUGCUGAAGCUGAAGAACGUAAACAAGAAGCACGAAAACGUAAAGUUGAAAAAUUGCAUGAACAAGCUAAAAAACGAGAAGAAGUUCUUAAUCGUGCUAAACAAAUACAACAAGAUAAAGAUCAAAAAAAUCAAUUACGUAUAUCUGAUAAUCAAUCAAAAAAUACUACUAUGAAUCAAAAUAAAAAAAUACAAAAUAAUACUUUUAAUAAUUCAAUGAAUGACUCAACAACAACAACAACAACAUAUGUUAAACCUACAACACAACCAUAUAAACCUGUUCUAUUAGAUACAACAAGUAAUAAAAUUUUAAAUCAAAAUAAAAUUAUUAAAAAUCCAGCAAAUGGAUUUAAAAAACCAACAACAACAACAACAACGAAUGCUGAAUAUACAUUUGUUGUGGAUAAAAAUAAUCCAUUACGAAAUGAUAUAACAUUACCAUCAAGUUCAAUGAUUCAACAAAAUUCGCAAUUUAAAGCUGAUUGGACAAUAUCAGGGAUUGUUCAUGAUGAACUUGAACUUGAUAAUACAAUAACUGAUACAACUCAUCAUUCAGAUGAUGGUGAUUAUGGAAUAGAAGAUAUACGUUCAGAUCAAGAUUCAGAUAAUGAUGAUGAAGAUGAAGCACGUAUACCUAAUUGGGCUAAAGAACGUUUAUUUCAAACAUUUUGGAAAACUCAAGGUCAUUGGUAUUUAUCACGUCGAACACUUAAAUUAACUCGUCGUACAUUUGGACAUUAUCCAACAAUAAAAGAUCAAGUACAAAUAUGGCUUAGAGAUCUUAAAUCAAGUAAACCAUUAUCGGAAACAUUUACCGAUGCAACAUAUCUUGAUCAAACACAAGCAUAUUUUUGA